GUGGUUUAUUACUUAGAUGAAAAAGAAAGAAAUGGAAUGUGAAGAAAAAAAGACAAAAAAUGUUGGUUUUCUUUUUUAUAUAUAAAAUGUAGGAACAUACAUACACGCUACUAAAGAUAGGUUACAAAAUUAAUUUUUAAGGUUGGAGAAUCAGAUUAUGAGUAUUCAAUUUGGGGUCUCGAUCUGAGCCUCUCAAGGAGAAAGAAAAACAAAAGAAAAAGGAGAAAAAGGGGUUAGAGUAUAGUAGAUUUUGAUACUGUCUAUGAUUCUUUGGUUUUAAACGAUGGAGCAAUCUAUUUACCAACAGUCAUCUAAUGCUCCUAGAGGUUUUCGAAUUCAAGCUCCAUUGGUUGAUUCUGUAUCUUGCUAUUGUAAAGUGGAUUCUGGAUUAAAGACUGUUGCUGAAGCAAGAAAAUUUGUCCCUGGAUCAAAGCUUUGUGUGCAGCCUGAUAUCAAUCCCAAUGCUCACAAGACUAAAAACUUAUGCAGAGAGAGGACUCGAGUCCAGCCACCUCUCCUUCCUAGCCUUCCUGAUGAUCUUGCCAUUGCAUGUCUCAUUCGAGUUCCUCGUGCUGAACACCAAAAACUCCGUCUGGUUUGUAAGAGAUGGUAUCGCCUUUUGUCUGGGAACUUCUUUUAUUCUCUUAGGAAAAGUCUUGGAAUGGCAGAAGAGUGGGUCUAUGUCUUCAAGCGAGAUCGUGAUGGAAAGAUCUCAUGGAAUGCAUUUGACCCUAUACAUCAGCUGUGGCUGCCACUUCCUCCAGUUCCAAGGGAGUAUUCUGAGGCCCUUGGUUUUGGUUGUGCUGUACUAAGUGGUUGCCACCUGUACUUGUUUGGAGGAAAGGAUCCACUAAGGGGGUCAAUUAGGCGUGUUAUAUUCUAUAGUGCCCGGACAAACAGGUGGCACAGAGCUCCCGAUAUGCUUCGAAAACGGCAUUUCUUUGGUUCCUGUGUAAUAAAUAACUGCCUUUAUGUGGCUGGCGGGGAAUGCGAGGGAAGUCAAAGGACAUUACGAUCUGCUGAAGUUUAUGAUCCUAACAAGAACCGGUGGAGUUUUAUUCAAGAUAUGAGCACCGCUAUGGUACCUUUCGUUGGGGUAGUGUAUGAUGGAAAGUGGUUUCUAAAAGGGUCCCAUCAUGAGGUGAUGAGUGAAGCAUAUGAUCCUGAAACAAAUUCCUGGACACCAGUCAGUGAUGGGAUGGUUUCUGGUUGGCGCAAUCGUAGUAUCUCUUUAAAUGGUCGGCUCUAUGCCCUGGAUUGCCGUGAUGGGUGCAAGCUUACGGUGUAUGAUGGAGCCUCAGAUUCAUGGAACGAAUUUAUUGAUAGUAAGCUCCAUUUUGGGAGUUCUCGAGCCUUGGAAGCUGCUGCUCUUGUUCCUCUCAAUGGCAGGCUUUGUAUCAUCCGCAAUAAUAUGAGCAUAAGUUUGGUUGAUGUUUCCAGUCCGGAUAAAAAGGUUGAAAGCAAACCUCAUCUUUGGGAAAACAUUGCUGGCAGAGGUCAUUUCAGGACUCUUUUUACAAAUAUAUGGUCAAGUAUAGCAGGCCGAAGUGGUUUGAGAAGUCAUAUUGUUCACUGUCAGGUGCUACAAGCAUGAAAACGAGAACUAAAAAUUUAAUUAUUCAUGUGUAGAAAUUCCUGCAUUUGUUUAGAAUUGUCAUGCCAUGAUAGUCAGAUUUUGAAUGUUUAUUCGUUUACCGACAUUUUGGGGCUCAGCACCUCCUCAAUGGAAAAGCUGAAUAUACUCUGUGUUACCUUUCCUGAUGUUUAUUCUUGCUAUGGAGGUUGAUGUCAACGGUGACCCACCAAGGAGGGGAUAGACACCCUCAUUAAGAAUGUUCUGCUUGUUGUUGAACUGAAAGAAGUGAAACGAGAAAGGCGAGCAAGGGUGCCUUUGAGUAUUGAAGAACAGCUUGGAUGUUAUCCCAUGGUCCAUUUGCAGGUGAGGCGGUUCACUGUUGAUCUCGGCAAUAGAAUUAUGAGGUUAUUUCUUUACAUUUAUGAAGAGAGCUGAUACUUGUAAAUCUGGUCAUUUGGGCUUAGGACUUUCUUCUUGUGAGAUCUAUCUUUUGUAUUAUGUAAUCUUUGAUUUGCUUUGAGAUGUACAUGAUUUAUCUGAGAUGAGUUAAUAUAUAGUUGGAUCCUGCAUCUUGGUGGCUGUGAAUUUAUAUUUUGUUUACCAUGAUAAUUUAUAUAUGGUUGUGAUAAGCGACA